CUGCCAUACGAAGAAAUGGAAGGGUUGAGAUCCCUUAAAAGCUUAACCAUUGACAACUGCAGCAGCCUGAUUUCUCUCUCAGACGGCUUCCACCAUCUCACAGCCCUCGAGCAAUUGUCGAUAAUGAGUUGUCCAAAACUAACUUGGCUGCCAGAUGGUUUUCACGAUCUGUCUUCCCUUAGGAGUUUAAACAUAGUAUCUUGCCCGAGUCUGGAUUACCUUCCGGUGAGCCUGCAACACGCGACAGCACUGCAGAGUCUGGUGAUUCAUAGCUGGCCGGAUUUGACAGCUCUGCCAGAAUGGUUUGGUAGAUUUUCUUGUCUGAGAUCUCUGGCGAUUGUGGAAUGCGAAAAGCUCAUGUCAUUGCCUCAAGGGCUACAAAACCUCACCAAACUCCAGCUCAUAUCAAUCCAAAAAUGUCCAAUUCUCGAAGAUCGUUGCAGAAGGAAAGGCAUGCUGUGGCAAAGGAUAGCACACAUCCCUCAUAAAUACAUUGGAUCACUGAAGCUAUGAUCACAAUAACCCCAUUAAUAAUCGACUCUUAUAGUUACAUA